GUUGACGUUCGUCGUGUUGUUGCGCCUGUGCGCUUCGCUUAUCAUUAUCGUAAUUACGCUCGUCGUGCGCUUUUUCUCCUUCUACUUGGAGUAUUUACAUAAUAUCUCAUUUCUUGCAAAGAAUGCUUUCGAAGGCAAGGUUUCUUAUAUCUAAUUUGUCCCCGCUGCGGCUCCGGUUUCAACAAUCAUGUCGUGCUCUUCAUAUCUCCGAGGCGAACGUUCUAACGACCGAAGUGAAUCGUCAAGCACCGGAAUUCAAGGAAAAUGACACGCAGAUGCGCGACUUGGUUGGCAACUUACGAUCCAUUACUGAGAAUGUGCUAAAUGGGGGUGGCCCAGAGGCCAUCAAGCGCCACACCAGUAAAGGAAAGCUUUUGGCCAGAGAUCGUAUUAACAAGUUAAUUGAUCCAGGCUCGCCAUUUUUGGAACUGAGUACUCUGGCUGGAUACGAGAUGUACGGCAAGGAUGUCGUCAACGCCGCUGGAAUAAUCACCGGUGUAGGCCGGGUGCAGGGCGUUGAUUGUGUGAUUGUUGCCAAUGAUGCCACGGUCAAGGGAGGCAGUUAUUAUCCAAUAACGGUUAAAAAGCAUUUACGUGCACAGGAAAUCGCCCAGGAGAAUAACUUACCCUGCAUUUAUCUCGUGGAUUCGGGCGGCGCGAAUCUGCCUCGCCAAGCGGAUGUGUUCCCAGAUAAGACGCACUUCGGGAGAAUAUUCUUCAAUCAGGCAAACAUGUCUGCGCAAGGAAUUCCUCAGAUAGCUGUUGUGAUGGGAUCUUGUACCGCUGGGGGGGCUUACGUGCCAGCGAUGGCCGACGAAAGCAUCAUCGUCAAGAAACAGGGAACGAUUUUCCUGGCAGGGCCUCCGUUGGUGAAGGCCGCCACCGGCGAGGUGGUAUCGGCCGAAGAUCUUGGUGGAGCCGAUCUACACUGCCGAACGUCUGGAGUGACGGAUCACUAUGCGGUGGACGAUGAGCAUGCGCUCUAUUUGGCACGCCAGGUCGUGAUGAAUUUGAAUCGUCCCAGCGCGUAUGACGAAAAUGCCGGGUAUUCAACGAAGGCAAUGAUGAACCAUGAUCGUCUCAGCUUUUUACCGGAUCCCGAACCUCCAAAGUACGACCCGGAAGAGCUAUACGGAAUCGUUGGAGCCAACUUGACGCGAUCGUUCGAUGUGCGCGAAGUGAUUGCCCGUAUCUUCGAUGGCAGUCGGUUCACCGAAUUUAAGAAAUUCUACGGGGAGACGAUUGUUUGUGGGUAUGCUCGCUUGUACGGACAGUUGGUUGGUGUGGUCGGCAACAAUGGUGUGCUAUUUUCAGAGAGCGCCCUCAAGGGAGCACACUUCAUUGAGCUGUGUGCCCAGAAGAAGAUUCCGCUCAUCUUCCUUCAGAACAUUACGGGUUUCAUGGUGGGCAGGGAUGCCGAAGCUGGUGGAAUCGCCAAAAACGGUGCCAAAAUGGUGACGGCAGUUGCAUGUGCUAACGUACCAAAAUUGACACUUCUCAUCGGAGGCUCGUAUGGGGCUGGCAACUACGGUAUGUGCGGUCGUGCCUAUUCGCCGCGAUUCCUGUACAUGUGGCCAAACAGCCGUAUCUCCGUAAUGGGAGGUUCACAAGCUGCCGGAGUGCUUGCGCAGAUCACCGAAGAGCAGUACAAACGCACAGGGAAGCAGUGGACCGAGGAGAUAGGUAGCAAAAUCAAGGAACCAAUUAUCGAACAAUUCGAGAAGGAAGGCUCCCCCUACUAUAGUACUGCUAGACUUUGGGAUGAUGGUAUCAUCGAUCCGGUCGAUACAAGAAAGGUUCUCGGAUUGAGUUUGCAGGCGGCUUUGAACAAACCCAUCGGGGAUACCAAGUUCGGCAUUUUCAGAAUGUAAUCGAAUAUUAGAUCGUCAAACUACCUGAGUCUUCCAGUGCUAGGUAGCGUAACUAAAGUGCAUUUAUUAGAAGGUAAGAUAAAAAGGUUCUUAAUUGGAGUUUCAGGUAAACAAGUGUUAGGCAUCUUUUAAAGAACUUAGUACUAAAAACAUAAGAUGACAUUUAUUUACAUACCUACCAGAUGUUGCAUUUAAUGCCAUGUAUGUGUACUCAUAAUAGUGAUUGAAAUAAAUAUUACGAUUACAAAUGUUCAAAACAUUA